GCGCCCCCCGCCGUCGCCAUGGCAACAACCUCGCUGGUCGCCAGCCGCCUAGAGCGCCCCCACAGCGCCCCUCACAGCGCCCCCUGCAGGCUGCGGUGGGAAUUGCAGGCGGGCGCCCGCAGCUCCCUGCGGCGGGGCCGCGCUCCCGGUCCUCCAGCCCCGCCCCGCCCCGCCCCGCCCCGCCCGCGCCGCUUCCGGCUGGGGACGUGGCUCGGCGCCGCCAUCUUGUGGGGCUGCCUGAGGGGACGCCGAGCGCCGAGGGAGCGAGCGCCGAGCCCAGCGCCGCCGCCGCCAUGGUGCUGUUGGCAGCCGCCGUCUGCACGAAGGCGGGGAAGGCCAUUGUCUCGCGGCAGUUCGUGGAGAUGACCCGGACCCGCAUCGAGGGGCUGCUGGCGGCUUUCCCAAAACUGAUGAACACCGGGAAGCAGCACACCUUUGUGGAGACAGAGAGCGUGCGGUACGUGUAUCAGCCGAUGGAGAAGCUCUACAUGGUGCUGAUCACCACCAAAAACAGCAAUAUCCUGGAAGACCUGGAAACACUCCGACUUUUCUCUAGAGUGAUCCCUGAAUAUUGUCGAGCCUUGGAGGAGAAUGAGAUCUCUGAACACUGUUUUGACCUGAUUUUUGCCUUUGAUGAAAUCGUUGCCCUGGGCUACCGUGAGAACGUAAACCUGGCACAAAUUCGGACCUUCACUGAGAUGGACUCGCAUGAAGAAAAGGUGUUCCGAGCCGUCCGAGAGACUCAGGAACGUGAAGCAAAAGCUGAGAUGCGCCGUAAAGCGAAGGAAUUGCAGCAGGCUAGAAGGGAUGCCGAGAGACAGGGCAAAAAGGCACCCGGUUUUGGUGGCUUUGGCAGUUCAGCUGUGUCUGGGGGCACAACGGCAGCAAUGAUCACAGAAACCAUCAUUGAAACGGAGAAGCCCAAAGUGGCACCAGCGCCUUCCAGGCCUUCAGGUCCUAGCAAAGCUCUGAAACUUGGCGCUAAAGGGAAGGAGGUGGAUAACUUCGUGGACAAACUGAAAUCAGAAGGAGAAAAUAUCAUGACUUCCGUAGGCAAACGCUCUACAGAAGCAGCCAAAGUUCUUGCACCGCCCAUUAACAUGGAGAGUGUGCACAUGAAAAUAGAGGAGAAAAUUUCCUUGACUUGUGGCCGUGACGGAGGGUUGCAGAAUAUGGAGCUGCAUGGCAUGAUCAUGCUGCACAUCUCUGAUGAAAAAUUUGCACGGAUUCGCCUGCACGUAGAAAAUGAAGACAAGAGGGGAGUGCAGUUACAGACUCACCCAAAUGUGGACAAAAAGCUUUUUACUGCAGAAUCGCAGAUUGGUUUGAAGAACCCAGAGAAAUCAUUCCCUAUUAACAGUGAUGUGGGCGUGCUGAAGUGGAGGUUGCAGACCACGGAAGAGUCCUUCAUUCCAUUGACAAUUAACUGCUGGCCAUCAGAAAGUGGGAACAGUUGCGAUGUUAACAUUGAAUACGAGUUGCAAGAGGAGAGCCUAGAACUGAACGAUGUGAUCAUCACAAUCCCUUUACCGUCUGGUGUCGGUGCCCCAGUGAUUGGGGAAAUAGAUGGCGAGUAUCGCCAUGACAGCCGGAGAAAUCUCCUGGAGUGGUGCCUGCCUGUGAUAGAUGCCAAAAACAAGAGUGGCAGCCUGGAGUUCAGCAUAGCAGGGCAGCCAAAUGACUUCUUCCCAGUGCAAGUCUCCUUCAUCUCCAAAAAGAACUAUUGCAACAUACAGGUUACCAAAGUGACCCAGGUAGAUGGGAACAGCCCUGUAAGGUUUUCUACUGAAACCACCUUCGUGGUGGACAAGUACGAAAUCCUGUAAUGCCAGCUGUGGGGAAUCACAAAGGAAAGUUUUAAAUUAAAAAAAAAAAAAGAGGCCGAAGUUUAUUCUGAAUGUUUGGAAUGCCGCAGCCCUCUCUCUGCUAAGACACACGGCUCUGCCUGCCAUCUGCAGUGUCCUGGGUCACAGACAUUUUUGGCAGAGAAUUGACAUGUUCAUGGGGGGAAAGGCUACAAAUUUCUUUGGCAGAUUUUUACUGGCUAGCAGAAUAACGAGAUCUCUGCAGAGAACCUGGCUUUGACACUUCCCAUUCUCCCAUGAAGACGACCGGAGCUCAGUCCCAGAGCCUACCAGACAUCACGCUCUUCCUUUUUUAAUCAUCAAACACUGUUCCAUUGGUGGUGCUGCCAUUUUAAUUUCUCCUCAGCCUUCAACUCUUGCUUCUGAUGGUGAAAACAGGCGUUAAGAUGAUAACACACAAGGAUGCAGUGCUUCUCUGGACCUUUCCAUCUGGUACAAGUGGAACAAGUUGAUCUCGGUUUCGAAGGUGGGGUACUGACAGGAGCGUAGGGGAAGAGGGCCUCACAGCUCAGUUCUCUUUGCCCCCACACUGUCCCUUGCUGUCCACCCAGCCCCACCAUACAGCAGUGGACUUCAUCCUGGGCUCACCAGAAGUCCUUCGGGCCUUUUUCCUUGAGGCUGAGUCAGAGUGGGAGUGGGACUGGGAUCUCUCCGAAACCGGUGGUCUCAGCGUGGUGAUGGAGGGGAGGGGAAUGGUGGUUUCCAGAGAGCAUGCUGAGCAUGAGCAACACCCAGCUGUAGUGCUUGCUAUCCCAGCGCUGUUCCUCCUCUGACUGCCUGAGUAGGAUCACUGAUUUCAUCCCACAGAGCUGUGCUCCCCUCAGAGUAUGCCCAGCCUGCUUGCUUUGGGGCUGCUCAUGCCCUGGCUGGCAGUGCUGCUGCCCCAACAGCCUGAGGGCUGCAGGGGAGCUCCCCGGCUGCUGCUGUAGGGAAGGGCUGAGCGUGCAGGUGAAACUCUAACGGUGUCCUGUCCUCACAAGUCCUAAAAACACGUUUACCGUGCUCCAGAGAGCGCGCUUCAGUCAGAGUAAGCGUGUGUUGGUUCCCGUGGGGCCCUCUGCCAAAGAAGUUAGCGGUCUCUCCUCCGGUAACAGCGCCAGUGAGGAAAUAAACCCUGAUUCUUGCCCUGGGAAGGUGAUGUGUUCUGGGGGAGGGAAAGCAAACCCUGUUCUGUAGUGAAAUAGACAACGAAUCCUAUUAAUUCAGUUCUGUUCAAGAGUUGCUUGUCUGUAUGAUUUUAAAAUGGAGUCGAGUUCAAACAUCAAGGAAGCAUUUUUCUUAAAUUUGUUUAAGGGUAACGUUAAAGAAGAACCGCACCCCACCCCCCCCGUUUUUGUAACCCUGUACAAUAAUGGCCUAGGGAAUAGAGCACAUUCCAGUGUAUACAAAGAAUACAAAUUCUUUAAUCAAAUAAAAGAGUAUUAUAAAA